AUGGAAGCCCUUGAAAUGCCUGCAUCUGAAUCUGGCAUCUUCUUGCAGUUCAAGUUCCUGGUGGAUGGACAGUGGGCGACUUCACCAGUUGAGCCUAUCACGGGAGAUGGAAAGGAGCUGAUACCGCUGCGGCUGAGCCCUGAAUCUGGCGAUUUCCAGCUGUCGUGCGGCCUGCCGAUGACCGUGGAGCUGCCGCCAGCUUUCCACAUAUUCUAUGCGACCGGCUGGGAGAUCCCCAUCCUGCACAUGCGCGCCCUCAAUGCCGAUGGCUCGCCGCAGACCCCGGGGUGGAGGGAGGUGCCGAUGCAGAACACUGCAAGCCGGGCGCGUCCGAGCGGAGGCUGGUGGAAGACGGCGGUGAUCCCUGCCAGGGGGGACCUCGCGGAGGGAACGCCCCAGCUGGAGUUCUACGUCAGCAACGGGUCAGGUGAUGAGGUGAGCGACCUGGAUGGAACAAUGGUGGGGGACGGGGCAGAGGCUGAUGCGGCCACGCUGGAGUUCUGCGCGUACUGGGAGGACAACGCGGCCCUGUCGGGGGGCGUGCUUGUGUACAACACGGGCCGAAGCCUCGGCCAGUUCCUGGGCCUCUGGCAGUCCAAAGCCGGCGCCCUCGCACUGCCUGACGUCCUCAUCACCGCAGUCGGCACAAAGAUCUUCCUAUUGGAUGUGAAGCUCCAAGACCGAAGCCGAGCAGAUGGGCAGAUGUGGAAGCAAGACACGCAAUGGGCGCGCAUCCUGGACGAGGGUUGGGAUCUGGGCCGCGUAAAGCAGGUAGCAGAGGAGACCAUUGGGGCAGUGGGGCCGAGCUGUGCGCAGUGGCUGGAUGACGGGUCGGAGCACCCGCACCGCAUUGCGCUGUCUGUGCGCCAGGACAGGGUGCACGAAGUCAGUGAGCGGCUGAAGGAGGGCUUCCUCCAGCGGGAUGUGCGCAUCAUUGUGAGCGGGACAGGCGACUGGCGGUACAUGGACUGCGUGAGCAUCCGAGGAGGCAAGCUGGAGGCGCUGGAGCGGGUGCGCACGCUCUUCAGCGUCCCUCGCGACCGCUGCGUGGCCGCCGGCGACUCCGGAAACGACAUCCUCAUGCUCGAAGGAGCAAACCCAGCAAUUGUGGUCGGGAAUGCGCAGCCUACGCUUGUGGACUGGCUGGUGGUGCAGCCUCAGAAUGACCGGAUAGUAUUCACGUCUGCUGAGAUUGCGAGGGGUAUCCUUGAGGGCAUGAGCCGCCAUGGGCUCUACUGA